GUAGACGCGUUCACUUCUACGCUCUCAAGUUUCUCUCUUGCAGUCGCACACGUUUUUGUUGUUGACGCGCGAUCGCUUUGCUCUCGCUCCUAUAUAUUGCGUUGGUGCAGCAGUGUGAGUGUACAUUUUUACUUGCGACAGUUGGUGCCACAGUGACAAUUGUUUUCACGAAUAGAUCAAGUGCUCUAUUUCGACGCGCGAACGCAUACCGACAGUGCCAUCGAACUAAUUUUUUACCUUUCGUUCGACUUUGACUUUCUCACGCGAAAGGACAGUCCUCAAAGUCAUCGAACACUCAAGCAAGAGAAAGAACAUUUUUCGUGCAAGUCAGCGACUCACUUUGCUUUCCGAGGGAAUUUUUCUCUUUGUUUUCGUCUACUGAUUUUGGAGUGAGUGCAGCCGUCAAAAAGGCAGCACCUAUGGAAAGUGAUAGCCCGCACGGGGUUCCGCCUAGCCGUAGACGUCUUAGGUGACCAUCAUCAGUUCGGAGCAUCUGAAUAAAUCGUACGAACUUAGCGUUCAAGUAUAGAACUUUCAGACAACGUCACGUGCUUCGACGCGCGUUGCUUGUGACAAGUAUCGCGAAGCGCGGACGCUGAUUUUUUUUUUCGACAUAACGUUUCGUCUUUCGAGGCUAUAGACGAAGGAUACAUCAAUAAAAUCAACAAAGAUGGCUAUCCCGUUUGCAUUGCCGUCGGACGAGGAUUCCGAGGAUCAAAGCCAACAGCAACUCGAGCAACUGAUGCUCGAUCUCUACUCGGCGCUGCAACAGGUCCUGCGCGCCAGAAAUGCUCAACACUCACCGAGAAACCACCGAUUACCGCGCAGGUCAUCCGACCUGUCGUCCACGCGCGAGCACUCGGUGUUACUCGUGGACUCGGACCUGUCGCGCUUACCGUUGCCCGACUUGGUUCUGUCGGCUGUCGAGCAAUUGCCGCCACCGCCACCACAAGUGACCGUCUCAGCACCGAGCAGCCCAACGCGAGACGCUGCCUUUCAAUUUCCCGAGUGCAGCACCAGCAGCUCGGCUGUGUUACCGGUACCAAGUCCAAGGCCCAAACCGCGCCGUCGGCGACUCACUUCCGAAGGCUCACUGCCGGAAAAGGACACCGUGCCGACGGAAUGCAAUGCCGAAAGAGGCGUCUGCUGUGUGCAUCAUCUUGCUGCCAGUCUUGACGAGAAGGAAUGGAAAACCGUUGGCACUUAUCUCAGAAACAUCGCCGAUGACUUUCAUGCAUCCAAGACCAAGGACUCGGCAGUGGAGAAAUCGAGGCUGUCGUUCUUGGGCUCGUGCCUGUCGUCAGCGGCGAGCCGCAGUAGCAGUCUCAGUCGUUCAGGCUCAACGGACAGUAUCCUUUCGAUGCUGAUUCCGCAACCAGUUCGAGAGACUCUGUGGACGACACUGGCUUUGUACCUCGGCUGGCGAUUGGUCACACGUCUGCGAUAGAGCAUCGUCGAUGUCGACCCGAUGAUGGCAGCAACGUAAAAUCCGCCAACGAGGCUUCGAUACUUAUUAUGGAGGAGGAAGACAGAGCCUGUGAUGGUGACGAUCACGACGAUCACGAAGCAUAAGAAGGUUCUUCUUCCGGCUUGUCCUUUUCUCUAAACACUACACAUAAUGUACAUAUUGUAUAUGCCGCGCUUCGUUCAGCAUCCGAGAAGGUUCGCGAUAUUAUAUGUCUAUUACACUUUUUGUGAGUUGGUUUGAUCCCAGAUAGCGAGACAUUUUGCCAUAUUUCGACAUUUCGACACGUGAAAAUGAUGGACAAGGAAAGAACUGUCUCGGAUGUUACUUUGGCCAUCGCGUGCCAUCGUUUUUCUACGUGCAUCGCGCUGUAUCUCUCUGUGUGUUGAGACGAACACACGCAGGCAUAACCAUCGAUUCUGAAAGGAGAAUGCGCGCGAACAAGAGGAUGUUAGUAUAUGCGUAUAUAUAGAGAGGGACCGGACCGUGCGGAGCGGUGUUUUAUUUUUUCACCUGCAAGAGUGCAGGCAGACAACGUUAGCGGAUGAGAAAGGACGAGAUCCAAAGAGGAAUAAAACCCAAUAAUCAAACCGAUGAUCUCAUUAUGGAUAAACAAAGAGAAUUUUUUUAUUAAAGUAGCUGUUGUGAUUUGUAAUAAGCCCAAGUGACGGAGAUGCGAUUAUAAUUUCAUGAACUUUUUUUUAUUCGUAUCGCAACUGUAGAUCGAGCUUCGCCACGAGCUCGCAUUUAGAUUGUAUCUUUGCUUUUUCUUUCUAUGUUUUUAUUUACUUCUUUUCUUUCGAGAUUCGACUGACAUUUACCUUGAUACGUGCCAACGAUUUACAUUGCCAAUUGUAAAGACUUUGUGAUUCUUUUAGUUUCUUCGAUAAGAUGAAAAAAAUUAUAGUUAGCUAUAGCAUUACGAUGAGUACUUUGGUUUAAGAAAGAAUUUCUAUUUAGACACUUACGUUUAAUCUUAUAAAUAUCUCUUAUUUAGCGUGUAAACCAAAAUGAUCUUUUGGUAGAUAGUGGGAGUUGGCCGAUCGUUGGCACGUAUACACGCGUCGUCGUUGUUGUACAUAUAGCGAGUGAAUAAUAAUAAUAAGCGCAUACAAGACAUUCUCUCUCUCUCUCUCUCUCUCUCUCACACACACACGGACGCACACGCACACACGCACGCACGCACGCACGCACGCACGCACGCACGCACGCACGCACACACACUUACACAGUCUGCACGUGACAAUACGGGGACACGAGUGUGCGUUGUGUAUAUAUGUGUGUCUGCGUGCGUGUGUGGAUGACGAAAAACAGAAUAAGUGGGAGAGCGAGAGUGAACGGGUGAAUGUUUGUUUGAAUUGCUUUCUAUAAGUGGCGAUAAAGCGGAAGAGGCAGCGCGACGUAUAAUUGUAUAAAAAUCUAAAUUUCUUGAGUAAAUAAGUAAUUAAUUAACGUAGAUAAUUGAAUAUAGAUCGAGGAGCGCAGCAUCUGAAUUGGCAUAGCUGCGCGGCCCGUUGACAGUUUUCAAAUGAUCUCCGGUAGCUUAGCUCUUAGUGACGUGCCAUCCAAGACCUCUUCGUCUUUUUAAGGCGCUUCAAAAUAUCUUUGCUAAGCGCAUUUAUCAUUUCACGAAGAGGAGCACGUCUCAUUUCCUUAAUGCUUUUUCUAAUCUAUUCUCUAUCCUUUUCACUUUCUUUAACUCUAAAACUAUUCUUUCAGCUCUAUUAUUUUUAUUUUCUUUUUCUUUUUGGUUAGUCAUCUAACUUCUUACAGUUUCGCCUGUCGUGACAAUCUGGAAUUUCCCACGAAUGAACUUGGUUUCAGCGAUGGUUGAUUAUAUUUUGCAUUUGUACCCUCGGAAUGGUGUUCAAUUUCCGAAGACAAUUAUUUUCAGAUCCUUAAGAUUUUUUGUUGCAUUUUUGAGCUUUUACAUUUGAUAUUCACUUAAAAGACCGUCGAGAUAUCUAAUCUUGUCUGUGUUUCUAACAUUUAAACGAAUAUAUAACUACAGUACCAUAUACUUGUCUCUUAAUAUUCCAGUAUGUAGACGAAUAGUAUUUAUUUAGAUAAUGUACUCUCGCUUUUUCCCAGUUGUAAUUGAGGCAACUGUGUUUUCUUUUUUAUUUUCAAAAGUUUUUUAGUAUUUCAUAAGGUAAUUGUACAUAACAAUUGGGGAUUUCUUUUCACUUGAUCUCUUGUGUCAUAUAAGAUUUAACGCUGUUGCCUCGGCCAUAUACCAAUUCCUUACUGUGGGCUUCGAGAUUUUUUGCUUCUCAUUCUUAAAUUCUCUUCAAUGAGAGCCGAGAAUGAUGUCUUCAUUCGAUGUGCGUUGCUGAAAUAUUUUUUUAAUAAUCAAUGUGCUUGUUCAAUCGCUAAUAAAUUAUCAAAGCAAUAAGAAACGAAAGUGUAAAUUUAAAUCGAAUAUUUUCAAUAACGCCAUUGAAUCUCGUCACUCACUUGAAAAAGAGCUAAUAUUUAUAACGACGAUAAGAAAGUAACUUUUCUCGAUGGUCUUCUUGGGCAAUACUUUUUCUUAUUGGAGGUUGAGAAGACUCUCGAGGCAGGUUUGAUACUUUGAACUUGUUUCAACCCUUCAAAUAUAACCGUAUGCAAACACUAUGUUUUGCUGUCAUGACAGCCUAUUUCUUUAGAGGAAAAAAGCGAGCGAGCGUAAAGUCCCCUUUUUCCGCGGUUCGGUGAUUUACAUAUUCAAAAGAAUCAAUUAUCUGAUCGAUAAUGUGUGAAGCAAAAAAGUACCCACAUACUAUACCAGAUAUGCAUUUUUUUUGUGAAACUGGUGAGUGAAAAACUUUUUGGGCAAUAGUUUUUCGUGAAAAAACGUUUUUGAACGGAGACGAAGGCAAGCACGUGUAAAUAGUUUUGCUUUCUUUAUUUCAAUCUCAGCACUUUAGCAUUUUUUGUCUUUGCACAAGCCACAUUUUGUUUUUUUUUCCUUAUUACGUUUUUAUUUUCUCUUUUUUAUGUUUUUUUUCACCGCGUAAUUAAAUACGAAACCUUAGAGUCGUAAACAAGUAGAAGCAGUUUAUAGCUAGUAGUCAGCCAUAUGGAGAAUAAACUAUGAAUAAAGCAUUGAUAAAAGUGUGUAUGUGUAUAUACACACAUAAAUAUAUAUUUUAAAGGGUAUAUUUGAAAAAAAUCACGAUUAUUGUUUUUUGAGAUGAUAAGCUGGUUUUAGGCGCGGAUGAGAUACGUGCGAAUAGGUGUUUUGCCAAUUCUGUCAUCGUUAAUCUUUACCAUGAUCAGAUUAUGAAAAGAAAAAUUUGCGGAAAAAAGUAUGCGAGAUCGAUAGUAAUUGAGCCUCGUCUUCGAGACGUCGUUGAUACGGAACUCUCUUGAAUGAUCCACGCGCGUGUGCGCGCGCGCUCACUAUUUUUCGGUAACUCGAUGAAUUUUUUUGUUCGAUAAAUAGUACGAAUAAUGCAACUCAACAAAUGUCAAUUACGUACCGCAGGCGAGGUAUUCGAUUGGAGUAAACAAAAGAAUUAUAAGCUGUAACUGUGACUUUGUGGAUCAUGGGGAGCAGGCUGUGCACGGAACACUUACAACUUAGAUAAAGCAAAUAAUAUUUACCAAUAAUCUUUCGAUACUCUUUUCGUACUCUAAAAAAGUAUAAUGCAAUUGAAAUAAAGUGCAGCCCGCCCACCCGAGAUCCCCGCGUGUCAAAGCGUCACUGUGAUCUCGUAAUUAAUAAUAGAUAUCUAAUUAUAAUAACGAAUAAUCGUAUUGAAUAUUGUAACGUUCCUUUUCCUUUUUCACAUGCCCGCAGCAAACACAUCCCUGUUUUAUUUUGUAGGCUCCCUGCUAAAUUCCGAAAGUUGUCCGAAGAGUCUAUACGAGAUUUUUUGUUAGCUCAAAGAAUACAAUAAUAAAAACAAACUUGCUUUUGAACGUUCAUUCUGUAGUUGUAUAAUGUAUUCCACGAAUCCAGUAGUUCAUAAACAAUUGAAAAAAAUGAUGAUCUCUAGAAGACAUGGAUUCCUGGGCGAGUUUGCAUUUAUUCUUAAUGUCUCUCGUUUUAGCUCAGUGAUUAUUAAACUUAAUUCUAUCAGAAUUAUCUAUUCUUCUUACUAUUGGAAUUAAUGUGAUUGCUUUUCCGUUCUCCGUAUCUCAGCGCGGAGAGAAAAGAAAAGAGAUAUAAAAAGUUAACGAGAGGCAUUAGUUUUUAUCAACCACCCCAGUUGAAGCAUGUACUUCAUCUAUUACGUUAACAUAUAGUUAGAUUAUUUUCACUUAUUAUUACAAUUAUUAUUAAUUAUUGAUAAUGAAAUAUUAUUAUUGCUAUUAUUGGUACUGAUACUUUACUUUGAGGAUCGCAUGCGUAUUUAUAUUUUUUCACAUUGAAAAUGAUUAUUUCUCAUCGCUAUGGUAAUUUUAAUGAAUGUGAAGAUUUUUUUCUAUCAAAAUAAAUUAUUGAAUUUGCACAUUUUAUGCUUUUGAUCGUGGCGUUGGAGAGGUAAUCGACUAGUCUUUACCGGACAAAGCGUUUGAGAUUUUUUAUACAGGAUAAAUGACCGUGAGAUUCAGAUUGUUUUAUACUCUUUUUGAUACUACUAAUAAUGAUAAUUCAAGUGCCGAAUCGUUAGAAAAGCAAAGUCUUUUAGAAGUUUCAUCUUGCAAUUUGCAAUUUUAGAUAACAAAAGAAGAGAUAAACUACUCUUUUUUAUUACAUGUAAACUAUUGUGUCAAUGCCAUAGAAAAUACAUUCAAUUUUGUCAGUAUUUUGAGCUAUGUCUCGUUUUACCUCCCUCAUUUUAUUUUUUCUUUCACUGCCGUUCAUUCAGAAAACUAUGAUCAAAGUAUUUUAGAGUAAUACCGUAAAAAAGGCCGUCUAAGGCACACUCGGGAUAAAACUCUGCAUUUAUAAAUAGAAACGCGCGAGUAAUAAGUUUAGGAGAAAGCAAUUUUCGAUGAGAUAUGGGAAGGGAAAAAGGAAAAAAAAGACAAAAAUUGUUUUGAUUUGCUCAGACUGUCUUCAAUUUGCCAUGAAAGUAACGAGCGCUACGAAAAGCUCGUGGUGGUUUGCUUUAACUCCCGAUAAAGGUGCCAAGUGUAGCACGCGUGCAUUACGCGCCGCUUAUAAGCGUGUUCUAUUUUUUAUAUUUUAUCGACACUAACACAUCUUUUUUUGUUUGUCUGAAAACUUCUCUUUUUUUAAUCUGGCUGUCAACGAUCGAAUAGUGAUAAACCGCUAUUUAGAAAGGAUUAAACAUUUGUAUAUUAUUUUUAUUGUUCUUUUUAUUUGUUUUUUUUUUUCUUUCUUUAAAACUUCGGAUGUCCAUGAAAUCGUUACCUGUAGCCAAAUGCCUCCUCCCUUCACCUCGGAUCAUUCUUUUCCAUCCUUUCCUUAUUUAUUUGGGAUUGUUCCAAAGGAAAAGUAUUUAAAAGAAAAGCAAAAGAAAGUAUGAGCGUGUUAUAUUAUCUAAAAAAGAAAAUAAAAAUAAAAGAGAAAAGCGUUAUAUGUUGUGUAGCUAGCAAAAGAAGAAAAAACUGCGUCAAUUGAUUGGAUUGCCUCCGGCCGAGAGAGAGAGAGAGAGAGAGAGAAAGAAAGAGAACAAAUAAGAGAAAGAGAAUAAUAAGUGAAAAAAAAAAACGAGUACGAGCGUGCGCUCAAGCCGUCGUGAAAGCUCGCAAAAAUGCCUUGUGAUAGAGUCUGGACUCCUUGCGCUCCCCCCCUUUUAGACGUCUCUUGAUCCUUUGCCUUUUGAUCUCGAGGAAAAAAAUUUCAGGUAAAGACAUUUUUUUUUUCAUACAAAUAAACAACAGAGAUCGCUAACAGCUCGUACGUGUACAUGCAUUGUCACAAAUAAAAAACAGCGACAGAGGGAAACUCUAAAAGCUUCAAAAGACGCUAGUUAUUGAAUCGAAAAUUUCGUCCAGCUGACCAAUCCAAAGAAGCGACCAAAUAAACCGAGAUGAGAGUUGAUGUUGCGAGCGUUUGUGAGACGCGCUUGAGUUGUUUGCUUUUCUUUUCUCCGAAAAUAAAGAAAAAGAAUUAUAUAUGCGUCCGUACAUAAUAAAAUUCAAGUAAAUUGGAGAAAGAUCACAAGGCGGUCACGUGAUAGUCGAACGUCGUAACGAACAUUUUUCUGCCUACCAGCAGUUUUGCAUUUAUUUUUAUUACUUUUUGUUAUCUUUUUUAUUUUUAUUGCGUUUGCUUACUCUCUCUCUCUCUCUCUUUCUCUCUCUAGCUCUCUCUCUCUUUUCACCAUUGUUUCUAACUCUCUUCUACACUUCUCCUUGUUUCCGCUAUUAAAUUGCUUAUAACCAGAUAAAUGAAAAGUAAAACUAAACAAAUAAACAAAAAAAUUAAAAAAAAACAAUAAAAUGAGAAAAUCAUGACACCUCGUGCUGGCUUUGCCCGCGAGCGAGAACGACGAAAUGCGAAAAUGAAUAAGCGUAAAGGAAAUAAGAAAAAUUGUAAAACGACCGUCAGAGAGAGAAAGAGAGAGUGCAGGAUCGUAAAGCGUCUAAGUGUAGGUAGUUGUACAUUGAUACUGGCAUAAAUAUGUAUAACGCGGGGCGAAGCUAUAUCGAGGUACGGGACCCGAUAUCCAUACGAUGCUGUGUUAUUUAAGUCACUACAAGACCAUACGUUAUUGCUACUUUUAUUUUAUUUUAUGAACACAAUUUUCUCAUGUUAUUAAUUUUAUUGCUAUCAUACGAGUUUUUUAAUAGAACGCACUAGGUGCGUGAGCUACGUAUUAUUAAUAUAAUUACUUUGAGUUUUAAUUUGUUUACGUAACAAUUAACUCUGCGUCAUUGUACUUGCGAUUGUAAUUAUUCCUCUGUCUAUGUAUGAUUAUGAUUAUCAGCGCAACAUCCUUCCGCUCCGGUCCUCAAGAUUUUCAUUAUUGUAAACUUUGCGCUAAUCUUUGUUUUUUCUUUUUAUAAAACUUUCAUCUACUGAAUUUUUAUAUGGACGUUUAUUUGAUUUUUUGACUCUUGUGUCCGUUGUUCACGUCUGCAUACUCAUGACACGGCUCUCGAAACAAAUUGAUACACGGUAAAAAAGACGAAGAGUAGUCGAAAAGAGUGUUGAGCAAUUUUUCAAAUCCUCUGACAGAUCUGGAAAAAAGCACGACCAGUGAGAUUUUUCUUUUUUUUUUUGUUUCGGAAAAAAGCGAGGAAAAGCGACAUGUCUUGAUGUACACACGGGCAGGAGGCAUCUCCGCUACCCGCAUGUCUUUCAUUGUACAGAUUUUUUCACUUUUAUAUAGUUAUAAUAUUGUAAACGUUACAAUGUCGAUAAUUACGUCGAUGACUAACGUCAUCGUAUUAUUAUUGUACUUGAUUUUUUUAUUGAAUAAAUGUGAACACGCCGAAAAAUAAAAAAAAAA